AUGAUGUUCACUUCAAUUUUUAUAGUUUUGCUCCUGAAGUUUCCUCUUCUUCUGUGCAGUUCACCUGAGAACAUGUGCCUUUGGAGAGUAAAAUUCAAUGAAAACUGCGAUGGUGACUUCCCCCAGGACUGUGCUCUUGUCCUUUACACAGGAGUGGAUCCUGCACCAAAAGACUUUUUUAAGUAUCUCUUUAAAUCAUGUUUGCCUUCCAAAAUAUACCAGUAUCUUCUGUCACUGUAUUUUGCAAUGGANGAGAUAAACANUAACCCCUACCUUUUACCCAAUGUGUCUCUGGAAANUGCGUAUUAUAAAGGCAAAUGCAAUGGUUAUUUNUCAUUAUUUACUGAUCUAAAUAUAAUGACAAAGUAUUAUCACACUCUUCCUAAUUACAUCUGUGAUCACUGUGAUUGUGAAAUAGCACUUACAGGUCCACAGUGGCUAUCAUCUGCACAANUGGCAACAAUUCUUCAGCUCAAUUUCACCCCACAGAUUACCUAUGGACCAUUCCACCCUCUCCUGAGUGACCAGAGCAAGUUUCCUAAUCUGCAUCAGAUUGCCUCCAAAGACGGAUUGCUGCCUGAAGCCAUAGUAUCCUUGCUGUUCCAUUUCAGCUGGACAUGGGUAGGACUAGUGAUCCAAGAUGAUGACCAAGGCAUUCAAUUUCUCUUAGAUAUAAAAGAGGAAAUGCAAAGAAAUGGAGUCUGUUUAGCCUUUGUGAAUGUGAUUCCACAGAACAUGCAGUUAUUUACAACAAAGGCUGAGAAAUAUUACAACCAAAUAAUUACAUCUUCAGCAAAUGUUAUUGUACUUUAUGGGGAACUGAACACUGCUUUAGAAGUGACGUUUAAACAUUGGAAAUAUUUAGGCACACAGAAAAUCUGGUUCACCACUUCACAGUGGGAUGCCAUCACAAGUGACAGAGACUUCAGCCUUACUUCAUCCUAUGAGACUCUCACUAUUUCACAAUAUCAUGGAGAUGUUUCAAAUUUAAAUAAUUUUUUUCACAGAAUGAAUCUUUCUAAGGACACACAUUAUUUUUCUUCUGAAAGACUGGGGUGGUUGUACUUUAACUGUUCAAUAUUAAAAUCUAACUGUAAAACACCAAACCAUUGCACAUCCAGCAACUCUUGGGAAUGGUUACCAUGGCCCAGUUUUGACAUGGCCAUGAAUGAUGAGUGUUACAAUAUAUACAAUGCUAUAUAUGCUGUUGCUCAUGCUUUCCAUGAAAUGGUCCUUCAAAAAAUAGAUCUUCAGCAACUUGGAAAUGGGAUCUCAAUAAUGCAGGAGUGCAUGCAGAUCCAUGAAUUCUUGAAAAACAUGCAGUUUUUGAAUCCUAUUGGAGAUGUAGUGAUCAUUAAUCCCCAAGCAAAAAGAGAUGCAGAGUAUGAGAUCCAUAUGAUUUGGAAUUUUCAACAAGGGCUUGGAGUAAAGGUGAAAAUAGGACGGUUUUAUUCAUAUUUCCUACAUGAUCAAAAGUUGUACUUAUAUGAGGACAAGAUCCAAUGGGCCUCAGGAUAUAGCCAGAUACCAACUUCUGUAUGCAGUGUGAGUUGUGCUCCUGGAUUUAAGCAAUUCUACCUAGAAGAAAAACCAUCCUGCUGUUUUGAUUGUUCCCCUUGCCCUGAAAAUGAGAUUUCAAAUGCCACAGAUCUAACACAAUGUGUGAAGUGUCCAGAUGGUCUAUUUGCCAACAUUGAGCGAAAUCACUGCUUCCCAAAGGUUGUGACAUUUCUGAGUUAUGCAGAUCCAUUAGGGACUGUAUUGGCCUGCAUGGCCUUAUUU